AUGGAUAUCAACACACAACACUCGAAGCCUUUUCAAACAACGGCAUAUGAGAAUAUGCCAUCACGGUCUCUCACAUCUGCCACCGAAUAUAAUCUCAUAGUUACAUUCACCUCGACUCCGCACGAGAGAACCCAGCAGCCAAACACAGUCGACAACAACAAUAAUCCCAUGUCCACGGGCGUUGUCCAGUCGUCAAAUGCAAAUCCAAGUCCAUCUCCGACUCUCAUUCCGAGUGCAUAUACUUACGAUGCCACAUCCUCUAAGAUGAGUGGAGGCGCCAAGAACGGGUUGGUUGUUGGUUUGACUGUGGGACUCGUACUGUUAGGGCUGCUGUUACUGGCGUUUCUAAUACUACGACGGAAAUACGGCCCGGGAAUGUGGAAGUUACUCUAUACUCGUGUUUUUACGAGAUCUCGACCUGGAGAAGAACAGGGAAAUCAGGAGCCAGAUCCUGCUUCCAGAGGACACGAGACGCACCAGAACUGUUCUGGGAAAUCUAUGGGGGUCCCUGAAGAGGCUAUUUACUUCUGA